UUGCCACGAACGGCGGGCAGGUCCUCGAGAGGACGUUCUGCGUGUGUUUAUUUGUGUUUAUAGGGAAUCGGACAUCUCUCUGCGUCUCUCUCCCCCCGCAGCCUCCCGCGCAGACCGAGCAUACAGACACACCGACGCGGCAGCACUGAACCUGUCGGGCGAAGAGCCUCUCCGAUGCCUUUUUGAGUGAAGUCAUCAACCGUUGGGACGGGAACUUGACUGACCGAGGGAGGAAAAAGUGCGGCAAUACACUUUGCUGACUGAUCGAAACCUGGAUAUGUGGAGGCUGUAAAGAUUUGAGCGUGCCAAGUAAAGAGAGAGCAAAAACAUGGCUGGUUUAAUGGCAGGUUUCGCUCAUUUCACCCACGCCGUCGUCCGGGGAAUCCCCGCGUCCCUGGCCAAAGAAGCGCUCCGGAGCAGCCAGUCGGAGGUGGACCUCGCCAAGGCACGGAGGGAGCACGAGGCGUACGUCGAGGUCCUGAGGACGAGGCUCGGGCUGGAGGUGGUCGAGCUCCCCGCGGACGAGUCGCUCCCGGACUGCGUGUUCGUGGAGGACGCGGCCGUGGUGUGCGGUGACACGGCGCUCAUCACCAGACCCGGGGCGGAGAGCAGGAGGAGAGAGACGGAGGCAAUGAAAGGCGUUCUGAAGGAUCUGAAUCUGAACAUUGUGGAGAUGACUGACGAGAACGCCACACUGGAUGGAGGAGAUGUGCUUUUUACAGGCCGAGAGUUCUUCGUGGGCCUUUCCAAACGGACCAAUCAGAGAGGAGCAGAGAUCCUGGCAGAUGCUUUUAAGGACUACGCCGUGUCUACUGUGCCCGUGCUGGAAGGGCUGCACCUGAAAAGCUUCUGCAGCAUGGGGGGACCAGGCCUCAUUGUCAUCGGCUCCAGUGAACCAGCACAGAAAGCCCUCAAAAUCAUGCAGCAAAUGAGUGACCAUCGCUAUGACAAACUGACAGUGCCUGAUGACCUUGCUGCCAACUGCAUCUACAUGAACCUUCCUAAUAAGGGACAUGUGCUCCUGCACUGCACAGCUGAGGAGUUUCCAGAGAGUGCUAAGGUGUUCGAGAAGUUGAAGGACCACAUGCUGAUCCCCUUGUCCAACAAGGAGAAGGUCAAAGUGGAUGGAGCACUCACAUGCUGCUCUGUACUCAUCAACAAGAAGGCCAACAUCUGAGCCUGCUCAUCAGGGGGUCUCCCAGUACAUGGUAACCAAGCAGAGCCUGUAUCCAAUCACCAAGGAUCCUGAGGUUUAACAAAACUAUCUUGGUACUUAGAGGAGGGAUAGGCAAGUUUGUUGCCCCCCCAACACUCAAAUUAUUUUAAAAUGUCGUAACGAUUGUGUGAAUAGUUCAGUUUACCCAAAACACAGUUAGUUAAAGGUUAUCUUUGUUUCUAUAAGAAUUAGGAUAUUGCAUUAAAAUUAGCCAUUUUUUGCUCUUGAUUUGGAUACAUUCUAACAUUUUCCCCAGUCCCUAUUGCUUGUGUGUAGACCAACCCUUGCACUGCUACAAGAAACCAGAUAGAUCUGUUAGAUAUAGUUUUUUUUUUUUGCCACUGUAAAGUAGUCUCACCAACGUUGCAAUGCAGAUUUAUAAAUUACAUAACUAACAGGCAUCUACAAUGAUAAAUCUUUACAGGUGGUUUAUACUGUUUAAAUCACAAAUAAAAUGGUGAAUGUAA